GGCUACAGAAUUUAGUAGAAAAGGAAUUGAUCAAUCCAACCGAGGAAGAGAAAAAAAAAAAGAAUAUAAAAUUGAAGAAUAGGAAAUAGCGCCAAAGCAAUCAACAGGGUUUUAUUCCGUGCCAAUCCAAAAUCCUCCUCGUUUUUUCGAGCUUUCCUACACUUGAUCGAGGACAUGGCUGCUGUCACGGAAUUUGGGGUAUCUCAAUUCCUGCAGGGUACUUCGAGGCAGACAUUGUUUUUGAAGAAGCAGCCUCAGAAACAUAGAAGUCACAUGCUUUGGGGUACGCUUUGGAAUAGGAAUUGGGCUCUGGGAUCAACUCGAAGAGCUUUGCCUUUAAGUUGUCAGGCUCAUGAAAAUCCCAGAGCAGUGGUUUCUGGUGGUGUGAACAGUUCUGUAGAAGAGCAAUCUGGUUUGGUUGAGAAACCUGCCUCGGAAGUUGUUCAUUUAUUCCGAGUCCCGUUUAUGCAAAAAAGUGCAGCUGCUGAGCUUUUAAAGGAUACUCAAGUGAAGAUCUCUGAUCAGAUCGUGGAAAUACAAACCGAGCAAUGUUAUAAUGUUGGCCUUAGUUCACAACUUUCGAGUGAAAAAAUUUCUGUCCUUAAAUGGCUUCUUCAAGAAACAUUUGAGCCCGAGAAUCUGGGAAAUGAGAGCUUUCUUGAGAAGAAGAGGAAGGAGGGGUUGAGUUCAGUUAUAGUCGAGGUUGGUCCCAGGUUGUCAUUUACCACAGCGUGGUCUACUAAUGCUGUGGCAAUUUGCCAUGCUUGUGGAUUGACAGAAGUGACCCGUUUGGAACGGUCAAGGAGGUACUUGUUGUUCACCUCUAGUGAAUUGCAGGGUCAUCAAAUAAAUGAAUUUGCAUUUAUGGUGCAUGAUAGAAUGACUGAAUAUGUUUAUAGGCAAAAACUAACAUCCUUCGAGACCAAUAUUGUUCCUGAGGAGAUUCGUUAUAUACCUGUUAUGGAGAGGGGACGAAAGGCAUUAGAAGAGAUUAAUCUAGAGAUGGGUUUCGCUUUUGAUGACCAUGAUUUAGAAUACUACACCAAACUUUUCAGAGAAGACAUUAAGCGCAAUCCAACAAAUGUGGAGUUGUUUGAUAUUGCGCAAUCCAACAGUGAGCAUAGCAGACAUUGGUUUUUUACUGGAAAGAUUUUCAUUGAUGGACAACUUAUGAAUAAGACUCUAAUGCAAAUUGUGAAAAGUACUCUGCAGGCAAAUCCAAAUAACUCUGUUAUUGGGUUUAAUGAUAACUCAAGUGCAAUUAGGGGUUUCCCAGUAAAGCAGCUCCGACCAGUUCAUCCUGGCUCAUCAUGCCCGUUGGAAAUUGCAGUACAUGAUUUAGAUAUCUUAUUUACAGCUGAAACGCAUAAUUUUCCAUGUGCAGUGGCACCUUAUCCUGGUGCAGAGACGGGUGCAGGAGGUCGAAUUAGAGAUACACAUGCUACUGGAAGGGGUUCCUUUGUCCAGGCAGCUACAGCUGGUUACUGUGUUGGGAAUCUCAACAGGUCAAGCUUUUAUGCUCCAUGGGAAGACCCCUCCUUUACUUAUCCAUCAAAUUUGGCACCACCUUUACAGAUUCUUAUAGAUUCUAGUAAUGGUGCAUCUGAUUAUGGGAACAAAUUUGGAGAGCCAUUGAUCCAGGGUUUCUGUAGAACUUUUGGAAUGAGACUUCCUAGUGGGGAGAGACGAGAAUGGUUGAAGCCAAUAAUGUUCAGUGCAGGUAUUGGACAGAUAGACCACCUUCAUAUAACAAAGGGAGAACCUGACAUUGGGAUGCUGGUUGUCAAGAUUGGAGGCCCAGCUUAUCGCAUUGGUAUGGGAGGUGGGGCGGCCUCUAGCAUGGUUAGUGGGCAGAAUGAUGCAGAGCUUGAUUUCAAUGCUGUGCAACGUGGGGAUGCUGAAAUGGCUCAAAAACUAUAUCGCCUUGUUCGGGCCUGUAUUGAGAUGGGGGAUAAAAACCCAAUAAUCAGCAUUCAUGAUCAGGGUGCUGGUGGGAAUUGCAAUGUUGUAAAGGAAAUUAUAUAUCCAAAGGGUGCAGAGAUAGAUGUCCGUGCAAUUGUGGUUGGUGAUCAUACAAUGUCUGUUCUAGAAAUUUGGGGGGCAGAGUAUCAGGAACAGGAUGCAAUCUUGGUGAAGCCUGAAAGUCGUGAUCUCUUGGAAUCAAUCUGUAGCAGGGAAAAAGUUUCAAUGGCUGUUAUUGGAACUAUUAGUGGUGACGGACGUGUUGUGUUAGUUGAUAGCCUAGCAACCCAACAGUGUAUUUCAAAUGGACUUCCUCCACCCCCACCCGCAGUUGAUCUUGAAUUAGAGAAAGUCCUUGGUGACAUGCCUAAAAAAUCUUUUCACUUUAGUCGGGUGGUCUAUGAGCGGGAGCCACUUGAUAUUGCUCCUGCUAUUACAGUGAUAGAUUCUUUGAAGAGGGUGUUGAGUUUACCAUCUGUCUGUUCAAAGCGUUUCUUAACAACAAAAGUUGAUAGGUGUGUUACUGGUCUAGUUGCACAACAACAAACUGUUGGUCCUUUGCAAAUUCCACUUGCUGAUGUUGCUGUUACAGCUCAAACUUUUACUGAUUUGACUGGAGGUGCUUGUGCCAUUGGGGAACAACCAAUCAAAGGCUUGUUAGACCCCAAAGCAAUGGCUAGGUUGUCUGUUGGAGAAGCACUAACAAAUCUUGUAUGGGCAAAGGUCACUUCCCUUUCUGAUGUCAAGGCUAGUGGUAAUUGGAUGUAUGCUGCCAAGCUAGAUGGGGAAGGAGCUGACAUGUAUGAUGCUGCCAUAUCUUUAUCUGAAGCAAUGAUUGCACUUGGCAUUGCUAUUGAUGGAGGAAAAGACAGCCUUUCUAUGGCAGCCCAUUCUGAUGGAGAAGUUGUCAAGGCUCCUGGAAAUCUUGUUAUCAGUGUUUAUGCUACUUGUCCUGAUAUAACAAAAACAGUGACUCCAGACUUAAAACUUAAGGAUGAAGGUGUUUUGCUUCAUAUUGAUUUGUCAAAAGGUAAGAGACGGUUAGGUGGAUCUGCUCUUGCUCAGGCAUUUGAUCAAGUUGGGGAUGAGUGUCCUGAUCUUGAUGACGUUCCUUACCUUAAAAAGGUCUUUGAAGGUGUUCAAAAUCUUCUUACUGAUGAACUGAUAUCUGCUGGCCAUGACAUCAGCGAUGGUGGGCUGCUUGUUUGUGCCUUAGAGAUGGCAUUCGCUGGUAAUUGCGGAUUUAAUUUGAACUUGACAUCUCAAGGUAACAACCUCUUCCAAACACUAUAUGCUGAAGAGCUUGGGUUAGUUAUUGAAGUAAGCAAGAAAAAUCUGACUUUGGUGAUGGAAAAGUUGGGCCAUGUGGGAGUUUCAGCGGAAGUCAUUGGUCAAGUAACAGCCAGUCCAUCCAUAGAAGUUAAGGUUGAUGGGGAGAUUUUCUUAACAGAAAAAACUAGCAUCCUUAGGGACAUGUGGGAAGAGACUAGUUUUCAGCUGGAGAAGUUCCAAAGACUGGCAUCUUGUGUGGAUAUGGAGAAAGAAGGACUAAAACAUCGAUAUGAACCCUCAUGGGAUCUGACCUAUUCUCCUGUCUUCACUGAGGAAAAGUUUUUGUCUGCAACUGUGAAACCUAAAGUGGCUGUGAUUAGAGAAGAGGGGAGCAAUGGAGAUAGAGAAAUGGCUGCAGCUUUUUAUGCUGCUGGUUUUGAGCCAUGGGAUGUUACUAUGUCAGACCUUCUCAAUAGAAAGAUCUCUUUGCAAGAGUUCCGUGGAAUUGUGUUCGUUGGUGGAUUUAGCUAUGCUGAUGUGCUUGAUUCUGCAAAAGGUUGGUCUGCUUGCAUAAGAUUCAAUGAGCAUGUUUUGCAACAAUUUCAGGAGUUUUACAAGCGACCGGACACUUUUAGUCUAGGUGUAUGCAACGGGUGUCAGCUAAUGGCUUUGUUGGGUUGGAUACCUGGUCCACUAAUUGGGGGUGUGCAUGGUGCUGGUGGUGACCUAUCACAACCAAGGUUCAUUCAUAACGCGUCUGGGCGGUUUGAAUGUCGCUUUACAAGCGUUACCAUACUGUCAUCACCGGCUAUGAUGUUCAAGGGCAUGGCAGGUAGCACAAUGGGUAUAUGGGCUGCUCAUGGUGAGGGAAAGGCAUAUUUUCCUGACGAAGGUGUAUUUGACCGAAUAGUUCAUUCUGAGUUGGCUCCUGUCAGAUAUUGUGAUGAUGCUGGGAAUCCUACUGAGGCAUACCCUUUCAAUGUGAAUGGCUCUCCUUUAGGGGUAGCAGCUAUUUGUUCCCCAGAUGGGAGGCAUCUCGCUAUGAUGCCUCAUCCAGAGCGAUGCUUCUUAAUGUGGCAGUUCCCAUGGUGUCCAAAGCACUGGCAUGUGGAGAAGAAUGGGCCUAGUCCUUGGUUGCGCAUGUUCCAGAAUGCAAGAGAGUGGUGUUCUUGAUACCACUAUAUGUUUUUUGUUCUUUUAUCUAUAAAGCUCUUGUCCUUUGUUUUGUUGACGAAUUUUUCAAUAAUUAAUGGACAGGCCUUGGCAGUUGAAAAAUAUCAAGAUUCUUGAUGAAACCUUUUUCGGUGCUAAAAAUAUUUGUACUUGAACAA